CGAGGGCCACACUAUGAGGAGGGAGAGGAGAGGAAACAUAGCAUAGCGAGGCACAAAGUUAGGAGGAACAGCUUUAGAUCCAUCAACCAUCACCUGUCUGACAACGAAUAAUAAAGAAUUGAGGAUAUCUAUUUUUUCUAUAGACAAAAACUGGACCAACUAUAGGCCUCUGUGGAUUUUUGAAUGGAAACUGAAUCGGACGUUCAGACAAAUUAAAUGGAUGAUGAUGUUAUUUGCAACUAACGGAAUUGGAUUGAAUAAGCCAAGUGGAAUCAAAAUAAUAGUUCCUCUCCCUCUGACAUUUAUAUAAACCCAGCUAACCUCCACACCACCACCAUUUCAGAAGUCUCAACUAAAAAGUAUGGAUUUCUCUAGCUCCCUGCCUCCCUCACCUUCUCCAUUAUACACCUCCCCCUUCAUCCCCAACUCCUCCUUCCCCUCCGCCUCUCCAUACAUCUCUCCUUCCCCCAGCCUGGCCUCAACCGCUCUCUUCUGCUCCCUCCUGUCCCUCCUGGCUCUCCUGGGCAUUGGGGGGAACCUCUACACCAUGGGUCUCCUCAUCAGACGCAGGAGAGGCAGAAGGAGGCGAGGAUGUUCUAGCAACUGUUUAGGAGGGAGAGGAGUACCGUUACCAUCCUGCCUCUCCUCCUCUCCCCCCUCCCUCUCCCCUUCCUCCUCUCCCACCUCCUCCUCCUCUUCCUCCACCUCCCUCCAUCUCCAGGUGCUGAGUCUAGCUCUGGCGGACCUCCUCUACCUCUUCACCGCUCCCUUCAUCGUGUACGACAGCCUGGCGGCUGACUGGGCGUUUGGGGAGCUGGGCUGUCGCCUCCUCUUCAGCCUGGACCUGAUCACRCUGCARGCCUCKAUCUACACCCUCACCGCCAUGAGUCUGGACCGCUAUCGGGCUGUGGCCAACCCCCUGGCCACCUCGUCCUCCCCCUCCUCUGGGCUGCUCCGUGUGGGRCUAGCCUGGGGCCUGGCGGUGGCCCUCAGCCUGCCCAUGAUGAUCACCCUCCACCUGGAGGACGGAGACGACGGACAGCUGUGUGUCCCUGCCUGGGACGAGCAGAGCUCCAAAGUGUAUAUGAGCGUGCUGUUCUGUACCAGUAUGAUAGGGCCGGGYCUGGCCAUCGGGGCMCUGUAUGCUACUCUGGGCCGUCUCUACUGGGUGUCCCAGACCCGGCCCUGGGKCAGUGGUAGUGGGGGUAGCARGUCCUACCCUCCGCGYGCCCCAAGGCCCAAGGUCCUGCUCCUCAUCCUGGGGAUAGUUCUGGCKUURUGGGCCUGUUUCUUGCCCUUCUGGGUGUGGCAGCUGCUGCCGCUAUACCGGCCCGACAUGCUGKGGACAGUACCGGUGGGUACCCAGGUGACGGUGAACCGGAUCCUAACGGGGCUGACGUACGGGAACUCUUGCGUGAACCCAUUCUUCUACACGCUGCUCACAGGGGGGAAACYACGGAGGAACAGGCAGYCACKGACGUCAGCGAAUCWGCUCUGCCGCAAGAGCAGUCCGCAGUAGUGUUCGUGACAACACAGACAGUCCGGUAUAAUAGACUGCUCUGGGGGCUGGUGGGGGGCUGCUUACAAACUGUCCGAUUCAAACACCCCCGUCUCCCCCUGAAAUAUCAAAGGGCAUUUCACUGUGUGAUUGUUACUCCAUAAGGACUAUACCAAAGACAGCACUUUGUAUGCACGUUUGUGACUGGACCAUAUUUCCUAUUUGGAGAUUAAAAAUGUGACGGGCUGAGCGAAAAUACCAAAGCUUCAAAACUUGAGAAAUAUCUCAUUGAUUGUAUGAAUUCACAAAAAUARAUCCACAUACGGGCCAUGAGMGGAGUKUYACAACAGGGAAGCAGCGMUUGUGUGUUAUGUUAUC